AUGAACAGAUGUCCCGCUAAAAAUUAUUUCCACUGCAAAGACCGUCGGAGCUGCAUCUCCAGGAGUCUGGUCUGUGACGGACGCCCUGACUGCCACGAUGACUCGGAUGAGGUCGACUGUCCUCUUGCAGCUCCUCGUGCAGCAAAUGUCCUGAAGUGCCGCUUGGGCUCCAGACUGUGUCAAGAUGGGACAGAGUGCGUCAUCUUUAGUCACGUUUGUGAUGGAGAAACUGACUGUAUGGACGGAUCAGAUGAAGAAGGAUGUGCUCCUCCUGCAGAAAACAUCCUGAAGUGCCGCUUGGGCUCAAAGCCAUGUAAUGACGGAACGGAGUGCGUUUUGUACAGCCACGUAUGUGACGGAGAACAUGACUGUAUGGAUGGAUCGGAUGAACAGGGAUGCCAAGAAAACUGCAAGCAAGGGGAGUUUCAGUGCUCGCAUGGGAAGAUGUGCAUCCCUGAGGCCCAGGUGUGUGAUGGCAAGUGGCAAUGCAGCGACCGCUCCGAUGAACUGGAUUGUUGGAAACUAACCAAGAGCUGUGAGCAUCAAUGCGCCGAUGGCAAGCGCUGCAUCCCAAAGAAAUUCCUGUGCGAUGGCGAGAAAGACUGCCUGGAUGGUACGGACGAGGUGGGCUGCGCUUGA